AUGCCCGUUCUGAAGUUGUGGCAUGUCACCGACCCCAAGCUAUCCAAGGAACUGCUGCACCACGAAGACCUCAAGAAACGCGAGGUCCGAUGCUACAAGAUUGGUGUGCUCUACGCGAAAGAAGGACAGAAGUCAGAAGAGGAGAUCCUUGGAAAUCAGGAGUCAAGCGAGGCGUUCGAUCGGUUUCUGGAACUCUUGGGCGACAAGGUAACGCUCGAAGGAUGGAAGGGCUAUCGAGGCGACUUGGACGUCAACCAAAACAAGAACGGCGAAUACUCGGUCUACACAAAACUACACAAUGAAAUCGAGGUGAUGUUCCACGUGUCGACCUACCUCCCCUACGACGCCUACGACCCACAGCAGAUCCCAAGAAAGAAAUACAUCGGAAAUGACCUGGUGACCAUCGUCUUCCUGUACCCGUGCAAGACAGAGGACGGUGAAGAUGGGUACAAGUUGGCCGUGUGCUCACGAAAGGGUGUGCCCCAAUUCGGACCGCCCAUUCCUAACCCACCGACAUUCAAGCACAACGAAUACUUCAGGGACUUCCUACUCACCAAACUGAUGAACGGCGAGCGAGCGGCGCUGCACUCUCCCUUCAUCGCCACGAAGAUGAAGAAGAGCAGGCAGAUGCAGCUCGAGUACAUCAUCAAAGAAUUCCUCCCCAACGCUGGUGAAUAG